UCUAAAUACAACAAAAUGGCUCAGGCAAGUGCCAGAAUUUAUGCAACGCCUUCUAAAGUAGAUGCUUUAACGAAUCAAGAAAUUGGAGCUGAAUUACAAGAGGCUUUGGCAAGAUCCCGUGAAGGAGAAUUUAAAUAUAACUACUUGUAUGGAUUUAGGAAACUAGGUGAUCCUUUAAUUGAUUAUCGACGAGAAUCUAAACAGUGGACAUAUCCCCAAGAUAUAGAAUUCAUAGUGCUUUGUCAUGCUGAAGAGGGACACAAUGUGGCCUAUGUAGAUAUUAAAAUCGACCAAAGUUCUACACAACAUGAUGCAAACAUUAUUGGAGGUGGCAUAGGUCAAAAUCAUAUACGUAUAUUGCUAAAAGCCCAAAAUACAUAUUGGUUUAAAUAUGAAGUGCGUAUCUUUGGCCGAAACAAUUUGCAAGAGAUUAAAGAAUAAAACUAUUUAGUUAAUUGACAAAUAAAACAGCACUUAACUAAUUCUGAGCACCCUGUUUCCAUUGCAUUUGAACAUAUACUAAAAAUCAGUUCCUUCUAAAUUUCCACUGAUAAGUUUAAUAAACAUAAAUAAUAACAA